ACAAAAACACCCAUCCCUUCUAUCUCCUCUCCAUCUUUUUUCAAAAAGAGAAUCAUUCUGUUUCUGUCUCUUGUCUCUGUAUCUUCAUUUUCCCUCAAUCUACCUCACCAAUUCCACUCUCUCUCUCUCUCUCUCCCCCCCCCCCCCCAUUGCCAGCUAUAUUGCUUCCCAUAACUAUAUUCUUGAUUGGAUUCUUCAUUCCAGAUUGAUUUUCCCAGCUCACUGUCAAAGUCCCUCCUAAUUCAUACUCCUAACAGAUGAAGAAGUUUAUCUUGAGACUGGACUUGCAUGAUGACAAAGAGAAGCGGAAGGCUUUGAAGACAGUCGCUGCCCUUCAAGGGAUUGAUGAGAUGACCAUUGAUCUCAAGGGCAAGAAACUAACAAUAAUUGGAACAGUUGAUCCAGUUGACGUGGUGAGCAAAUUGCGCAAAUUUUGGCCAACAGAUAUAAUCCUAGUUGGUCCCGCUAAAGAGCCCGAGAAAAAGGAGGAGCCAAAGAAGGAAGAAGCUAAGAAAGAUGAAGCAAAGAAAGAGGAAGGCAAAGAGGAGCCGAAGAAAGAAGAGUCCAAGAAGGAAGAAUCAAAAAAAGAGGAACCUAAGAAAGAUGAAGAGAAAAAAGCUCCAGAACCAGCGCCAGUUCAGGUUCAAGUUCCAGUUCCAGUUGGUGGCUCAGUAUUGCCGUAUCAUUACCCUCCAAUGCAGAGCUCAGUAAUGCCAUAUCGGCCAUAUUACCCUCCAAUGCAGAGCUCAGUAAUGCCAUAUCGGCCAUAUUACCCUCCAAUGCAGACCUAUUAUUACCCUAACCACAGCGUGGAAGAGAAUCCAAAUGGAUGUGUUAUUUGUUAAUUUUGGCACGACUGUUUUGCCUUUUCUUUU